UGGGUUUCACUGAAACUCAAUCCGCCUCUGGGCAGACCCGGGAGAGAGUGGCUUCUCUGCGGCGCGCGGAGAUCGGGAAUCUGCCAAGUGCCCGGCCGGCCGCCAGUCGUCCCGUCGGGGCUGCGGGAGGGCAGCAUGCGGAGCGGGAGCGGGAGCGGGAGCGCGGCGUGGCUGCUGGGGGGCGCCCUGCUGCUGGCGGCCUCGGCCUCCGCCAACCGCACCCUGCAAGGAAUCAGCAGAAGCUCGAAAGGAAGAAGUUUGAUUGGCUAUCAUAACCACUCAUCUCCCAUCACUGGGAAAGGGAUUUCAGCGAGCCCAGGCUUGUCUGUGGAUGAAUUCUCCACCUCUGUCCUCACUGGGAAACUGACCACUGUCUUUCUCCCAAUCGUCUACACGAUUGUUUUUGUGGUCGGCUUGCCAAGUAACAGCAUGGCCCUGUGGGUCUUUGUCUUCCGGUCGAAGAAGAAGCACCCUGCCGUGAUUUACAUGGCCAACCUGGCGCUGGCAGAUCUUCUGUCUGUCAUCUGGUUCCCCCUGAAGAUCUCCUAUCACUUCCACGGCAACAACUGGGUGUACGGGGAAGCACUCUGCAAGGUGCUUAUCGGCUUCUUCUAUGGCAACAUGUACUGUUCCAUCCUCUUCAUGACGUGCCUCAGUGUGCAGAGGUACUGGGUCAUCGCAAAGCCCAUGGUCCACUCCAAGAAGAUGGCCCACAUUGCUGUUGGCGUCUCCCUGGCAAUCUGGUUGCUGAUUCUGCUGGUCACCGUCCCCUUGUAUGUCAUGAAGCAGACUGUCUACAUUCCGGCCCUUAACAUCACCACCUGUCAUGAUGUCUUGCCGCAGGAGGUGUUGGUAGGGGACAUGUUCAAUUACUUUCUGUCUCUGGCCAUUGGGGUUUUUCUUUUCCCGGCCUUCCUCACUGCCUCUGCCUACGUGCUGAUGAUCAGGACCCUCCGGUCUUCCGCCAUGGACGAACACUCAGAAAAGAAGAGGCAAAGAGCCAUCAAACUCAUCGUGACGGUCCUGGCUAUGUACCUCAUCUGCUUCACUCCCAGCAACCUCCUGCUCGUGGUGCAUUACUUCCUGAUUCGAAACAGGAGCCAGAGCCAUGUCUACGCCCUGUACAUCACAGCCCUCUGCCUCUCCACACUCAACAGCUGCAUCGACCCCUUUGUCUAUUACUUCGUCUCGCAAGACUUCAGAGAUCAUGCCAAGAACGCUCUCCUUUGUCGAAGUGUCCGUACAGUCCAGAGGAUGCAAGUGUCUCUCACAUCUAAGAAGUUCUCUAGCAAGUCCAGCUCUUACUCUUCAAGCUCAACCACCAUUAAAACCUCCUACUGAGUUUCCCAAUUCCUUGGAUGAAAGCUUCAGGGGACAACUUAGACAUCCCUUGACGUGAGGGACGCUUCUGUUUUCUAGCCAAGUGGAACUUACCACAAACCACGUAUAUGCAGCCUAACUCAGGGUCACAAAGGACUUCUUUUGUUCUUUUGUUUGCAGGAAGGAAGUCUCCCCUAACUUAGGAACCCGUUUCAGCGUUCUUCUGCUUUAUGUUCUCAGGAACAGAAGGGAUUUUUCAGAAGGUGGCAAGUCACUACUUGCAAGAACUAGUCCCGGCAUGGAGAGUUACUUGCAGAAACUUUCACAUCACAAGGCAGUUACAGCACUUCAGGACUCUGAGAUGGUUGAUCCAGUUGACUGACUUUACAGAGGAGGAAUUGGACAGUAGAAUACGAAAGUUCAGUGGGAUCCUUGUAUCAGCUCACUGAAUCCUUUGAGGGGCUUGUUUUUGAAAGGCUGGACUCUGUGAUGGGAACUGGACUCUGUGAUGGGAACUGGACUCUGUGAUGGGAACUCAGGGACUUGGAUCGAUCGAUUAUGGAACCUGCAUUUUACAAGUCUCUUGCUCAAGUAAGUGAGGUUCUGGAACCCCUGAUCUGAGCACUGCUCAGGCUUUACAAAGUGCCAUGGGAGUUUCUGAAAAGAGGAGAAUAAAGACUACUUUGUGUUCAGGCCAUAAUGGCAUCUGUUGGCUUACCGAAACUUUCCUUUAAGCCUUUGCAGACAUUACCACUUCAAGGAAAAGGCAGUGAUGACUUUGAAAUACAAAUGUUAUCUAACGUUUUACUGAUCUCAGCCAGUAAAUCUUCAGGUCGUCUGAGUAACAGAAUGUGCUGUAACUUAGAACGGCAUUUUCCACUUAGUAUUUUUGUAAUUGGGGUUAGAAUAUUUAUUGUCAGUUUUGCUCACCUGUUAUUAAAUAUGAAAUCACAAUUUGUAUUACAUCUGUUUGGGGGAAACACACUAAAGCAGAUGUGCCUUGCAAUAUAUUAGAGGUCUUUGACUAAAAGCCAACAUUAUACAAUGGUUGUUUUGUGACUUUUAAAGCUAAUUGUUUUAUUGUAUGAUGUGUAAAUAACAGGACUUUUUUAUGACUUA